AUGUCGAUUAAUGCUUGUUUGAACAACUUCAUCUUCAUUACCAUAGCUCGACGUGUCAGUCGUGCUAACGAGUAUGCGGAGCUUUUACUUGUAUUUGUAUCUAUUUCUACAGAAGCGUAUCGUACUGGUUCAAAACGUCCAGCUGAACAGCGAUUUGACACUAACUGGCAACGAGGUGAUUGUUCUGACCGAUGGUUACAAGUUGGGACUGAAUGUUUAUAUUUUCCUACGUCAAACGGCAAAGAGUUCUCAUGGAAUGAUAUCAAGCAAAUUUGUACAAUGCAUAUUGCUAAAAGUCUGAGAGGUACUGGUGUACAAAUGACGAAGAAGGGUGUACGCCCAGUGAUAUUGAAUUCACCGGCGAAAUCUAGACUGUUACAAGAAUUAAUUGAUACAUACAAGGAAGAUGGUUAUGCUAUACAAUUAUCGAAAGACUACAAUGACAAAUGUGGAGAAUCUAAACCAAAUUAUUGUACUAAACCUGAUAUUAUAAAUAAUGAAGAGUGUUUCUCAACAAAUGGAAAUGAGAAAACUAUGUGUAUUGACCAAGUUCCUUGUAAUAAUAAAUUUGUACGUUUAGCAUGUGAAUAUACAUUACCAGGUAAAUACUCUCAUACAGAACACAUCACUAGAUCUAUUUCGUUUGUACAUGACGAUGAAAUCAAUACGCAAAGCAUAUUUAUUGAUCUUUUUGUAGGAAAUGAUGAAAUUCAAAAAUCACAAUUCAAAAAAUGUUCCAGAAAACGUCGUACUAGUCUAUCGUGGUACUAUAUUGUAUCAAUAUGCUUCGGAAUAAUAUUCAGUUUAAUUUUAAUCGUUAGUGCAGUGUCAUUAUUUCGUGGAAGAAAGUCCAAAACUAAAGCUCCAUUACCAGUGCUUAGCAGCAAUACUGAAAGAGGUACGAAGUUGUAUGCUGUAUGUAAUACUCGUUGGCUAUGA